GAUGGAAUCCCAUGGAGACCACGAUGCUGCACAGGCCACGCCCACGGGCGUGAGUGCGUCUCCGGUGUCCAUGGAAACCGUCGUGAGCGUUCACCGGCCGCUCUGCACACACGGCCUUAGCGAAAGACACUUGCCCUCCGGUGCCGAUGACGAAGACUGGGUGUAAAAACUCAAGCAUAAUGGAGGCCGAAGUUCGAGAGCAACAUGAAUGACAAGUACCACAGGGCAGCGCGAGAUGGCUACCUGGACCUGCUGAAAGAGGCCACGCGGAAGGACCUGAACGCGCCGGAUGAAGAUGGCAUGACACCGACGCUAUGGGCCGCGUACCAUGGCAACCUGGACGCGCUGCGGCUCAUAGUGGCCAGAGGAGGGAAUCCUGAUAAAUGUGACAUAUGGGGGAACACGCCACUCCACCUGGCUGCGUCCAAUGGCCAUCUCAACUGCCUGUCCUUCCUGGUGUCCUUUGGUGCAAACACAUGGUGUCUUGACAAUGACUACCACACGCCGCUGGACAUGGCUGCCACCAAGAACCACAUGGAUUGUGUACGCUACCUGGACUCCAUUGCUGCCAAGCAGACAGCACUCAACCCGAAGGUGGUGGCCAAGCUGAAAGACAGAGCCUUCCGUGAUGCAGAACGUCGGAUCAAUGACUGUGUCAAGAUGCAGCGCAAGCACCACCGCCGCAUGGAACGGAAGUUCCAGAAGGAAGCCACAGAUGCUUCACUUUCGGAUGCCAUGAGCUUCUCCAGCUACACCAGCAGCACUUUUAGCCGCAAGCUGCACCCUUUCAACACUGCCACCAGUGUGCCAUACUCACAGGCUACCCUUCAUGCUACAGCCAGGGGCAAAACCAAGAUCCAGAGAAAGUUGGAAAAGAAGAAGCAGGGUGAUGGGACCUUCAAGAUCUAUGAAGAUGGAAGGAAGAGUAUGCGCUCUCUUUCUGGUCUACAGCUUGGUAAUGAUGUCAUGUUUCUAAAGCAGGGUACCUACGUAAACCCAAAAGACCGUGGUCGGCGAAAUGUCCGUGAUAUGUUUCCACGGGAUAAUGAAGAUGCCAUCUCGCGUGCCAUCAGUGAGCCAGACCUCCACGGGGCAGACUUGGACCACUCAGAGAUCAGCACUGACUCAGGUCAUGACUCGCUUUUCAACCGGCCAGGCCUGGGUACCAUGGUCUUUCGGCGGAACUAUGUGAGCGGGGGACUCUUUGACAUAGGCUCUCGUGAUGAAGGCAGCAUGGCCGGCAGUGGGAGGGCACCAAACAUCCGUCUGCGUAGCCGUCUUCAGCGAUCCCCAAGUUUAGAUGAAGACAGUAUCGGCAGUGCUCGAAGCCUCCAAGCAAGGAACAUGGAGGAGGUUCCCUGGGGUGAUGUGGAAUUAGGACUGGAUGAUGACGAUGAGCCAGAGAGUAGUCCACUUGAAGUAUUCCUGGCUGCCCAAUGCAUGAACGAGUUCAUCCCUAUUUUUAAACGAGAGAAGAUUGACCUGGAUGCACUGCUGCUGUGCUCUGACAAUGACCUCAAAAGCAUCCACAUUCCCUUGGGACCCCGUAAAAAGAUCAUUGAGGCGUGUAAGAGACGCCUGGACACUAUCGAGGAUCCUGACAGCAUAGAAGACACAGCGUUAUAGCACAAAGGACUUGUUGCACUAUGAAUUUGGCCAUACUGAUGGCAUAUGUCUUGAUUCAAGUGCAACUGAACAUAAAGACAUGUACACUGAAAGGAAGUGUAACUUUUUUGGGGGGAUUUUGAACACGUCUUAUUACCCUAGGAAUAAAUUUGCAUAUCAGAUGGACCGGACAGAAAGGUAGUGCCUUGUUGACUGGCACACACAAGGAAACAUGCAUGCCAGCAGUAACAGCUGAAUCAAGCUGCGGUAUCACGAAUGCCAUACAUAACAGUAAAAAUCCUGCGGACAAUCCCGAUGAAGUCAGACUAAAUCAGCAUUAUUCUCAUGAAGUGUCUGCCCCUGUGGGGCAUGAGUCUUAGCACCUGUGCUUCCAGUGCAUGCAAAUACUGUAUCUCUGUAAAUCAUCAUUUCAGGCAUGAUGUACUAUAUUUUUAUGACAUAGAUGUAGAAGAUUGUGCUGAAUAUAAGGAUGUGUUUAUGUGGGCAGAUUUGAAAAGUUGUGGGUUUCAAAUCCAGGAAACUUCUACACACUGCCUAAGUGAUGUCAAACACAGAUUGUAGGUUGCCAAUGUACAUGGCAACAAAUGUCUUUGGCACACUGUUAGGGCCAGUGAAUGCCUGUACUAAGGAUGAAUUGUGAACCUCCAUUUUGUUUGUUUACAUUUGUCAAGCCAUACUUCUGUUAAAGACUUGGGGCAUGGGGCAUACAAUUUGGUGAUACAUAAAUCUUACUUAUGCUGAUUUUUUUGCACUCAUGCCAUAUCACUACAGAGAAAUUUUCUUCACAUAAACCUAUGUAUAUUUAGUAUACAGUACCUGUACAGAUUUAAAUGCAUUCCAACCCAAAGAGUAUGUGCUCUAUCUUUUGUGCAUAACAUUGUUCAUGUGUUUUAUAUCAUUUCAUAAAAU